UUUAAUUAUAACGAUUUGAAUAUAGACACCUACAUGAAAAUAGUUAAAAUUCAUAGAAAGAAACUGCAAAUAUUUCAAUUUUUGGACAAAAGAAGGAUACGAAUGGACUUCUCUGGUUUUCUUCUAAUAUUGGCUUUUCAAUAGAUAAAAUGAAAGUGGAUUAUUUCUGGGAUUUAAUUUUUUGCCAUAAAUAGACUUCUUUUGAUACAAUUCGUCAUGAAAUACCAUAUCUGAUAUAUACCAGGAAAGUAAUGUUUCAACUUUCAUUUGAACACGCUUCGUAGGAGAGGUUUUCAGUGAUGAGGUUGUUGUUUCUGACUUUGAUGAUAGGGAUGGAAAGGACUUUAUCGUACCAUAUAACUCUGAAAAACAACGAAUCGGGAAGAUUUGUCUACCCAGGGAACACUGGAGGCCAUUUGUAUUGCACAGUCUGUCAGACCGGGAAUAAUGACGUUGACAACCGAGUUCAUCAAGAGCCUACAUGUGUGAGGCAAAACUUUAAGGUGCUAAUGCCGAACAACGGUGCCUACCCAAUCUGCAAGGAGGGCGUAAACGGUAGCGUCAUUCCAGGCUGUGGUCCUUUACCGACGUCACGUGAUCUGUCCUGGAAAACAGAUUCCGGAAGACCCAUUCAGGAGAACAGUACGGUGUAUGAAGUAUAUUACCCGAAAUGUCGUCUGCCAGGUAAACUGAACCGGAAGCUCAUGAGUGUUCGGUGUGGGGAGGAUCUAACAUGGGACGUGGACCCUUCGGGAAUCGCAUGUCGCUACGGAUGUGGGCCACUCCCGAACAAAUACGAAUGGAAAAUUCAAAAUGGCGAUGAUGCUGGAAAUUAUAGUUUGACAGGAAAAACCUACGUGCCUGUGUGUGCCACAGGACUAAGGGCAAGCGGACUACUCCACUGCAAUGAGAGUAAUAAGUGGGCGGAACCUCCGUCCUCCGUAAAAUGCACACCUACUCCUAAGCAGCUUACAAGUGGAAAAACCUACGUGCCUGUGUGUGCCACAGGACUAAGGGCAAGCGGACUACUCCACUGCAAUGAGAGUAAUAAGUGGGCGGAACCCCCGUCCUCCGUAAAAUGCACACCUACUCCUAAGCAGCUUACACGUGAAGGUUCCGGUUGUACUGAUGAAACUUGCAUUAUUGGGAUCUGCUCUGCACUUCUGUUUCUAGUGAUUGUGGUGAUAGUGUUGGCUUUUAUCUGUUUUAAAAGACGCAAGAAGACGCCUGUUCGUAGUGAUUCACUGGAAAUGAGGACAUACUCCGACUCGUGUGAAGUAGAACAUUGUGAAACACGGGAAGAGGUUUCGCCUCUGACAUCUAAACACUGAAACAUGACGGAACAUCAACCGAAUACCUUGACUAAUUUAUUUGUAAUAAUUGUCACAAAAUUCUAGAAUUUCAUGUUUGAAAAUAGCAACAACUACUACAACAAACAAAACAACAACACCCCACCCCUGAAUUAGUGCUUUUUUGGUCUGUAUUUACGUAGGAUUUACACUCUUUUAUUCUAACAGGAAGGGGAAGUGAUCUCAAAUUCUAACAGGAAGUGACCUAUCGGAGGCAUGGUGUUUAGGAUGUGCAAAACAGUGUACAGACUGUCAUACAGGAUAAACUGGUAAAAAAGACCUGAACUGCGUUCAAGACCUUAGCGGUUAGCCUAGCUGCUUGGCUAGGUAUCUAGGUUUAUUGAACGCAUUGUAUGAAUCAAUGCUUGUUAUCACUACGUAGGGCUAGCCUAGAUGUAGCAACAACCACGCUCGCUAGGUGGCGCGUCAUGUUUUAUUUUUAUUUCUACAGGAAAAGUGGGACGAGGUUCCACCCUAUUUUUUACGGGCUAGUAUGGAUAAACCUAGAGCCUAGGAAUGAUGCGAAGUUGAUCGUUCGGAUCUAAAAUAGCUAUAUUUAGCGUAUCUCACGUGAUUAGGCACAUUCCAGAAAAUCCCUUUGAGAUUGAAGCGAUUAAUCAGAGCGAGUAUAUGUAAACAUUGACUUAACGGUGAAAUACGCAACAAAGAGUGACAUAUUAAUACAUUUUAUGCAUGAAUAAAUUAUACUGAGGUCAAACAUGGACGAUAAUUACCCGUGUUCAUAUAGUAUUUGAUUGAUUUAGAUAUCCAGGGAAAGAUAACUCCCAUUAUUAACGUACUCACAACGUACCGGUGGUAUACAUUAAUACAAUGUUUAUACAUUUCUGAAUGAUGAGUGAAUCUUUAUUUUCAUCAGAAUCUUUUCCAUCACACUCACAGACCAGGUCCCCAUACCCCUGCCAUGUCAAUCUGUGACUGAUAGCAGUGCGGUAUUUAAUUUGAUAUAGUCUAGAGGAAAUUCGAAAUAUGGUAGUGACAUUUCUUCCUCACUGAAUUUGCUGGAUUUUUAGCGUUUAAAGAAAAGUGGGGUAUGGACUGGGGGGUUAAAAAUGCUAUUUGCCAAAUUUUCAACAAUAUUAAUUACAAGGCAAGGCAAAAGGGGUCAUAAGCUACAGAUGAUGCAAUUUUCUUAAUUAGUGACUUACUUACAGAUAAAUCAGGGACCUAUAUACUAGUUAGUAUAUAGGUCCCUGGAUGAAUAAAGUAACUUACAAAUAUUUUA